CCGCAGUCGCGCGUCAUUGCCGUUAUCAACGAGAUUGGCGAGCCCUCUUGCUUUCUGCCGGUCCAUUCUCCCCCUAGACCUCCUCCAGACGACGUAUCGAGCUACUCUCGCGCUCCAACCUUUGCGAAUGGUAGAAGGCAUCGCGCUUGUCGCCGUAACACGCCCGAAGCGUGCCUUGCGCUUCACCUCUCCGACCUCACCAGCGCCGGCCCGACGCCAUCACCCGCGCUUGCCCAGUUUUGCGCUGGCGGGCCGCGAACCUCGACGCUCGCCAUGGCGGGAUUUUUCAAUAAGCUCAAGGGCGCUGGCACUGGAAUCUCUAAAGCCGACAGCAACUCCGCGCCCAAGAAUAAGAAGGAGGAGCCUGCGCCGGAGCUGACGCCCCUCGAGAAGCUCCUCCAGAAUGCGGGGCCCGUUCGAGAGGACGGCAGUGACAAGUUCUUUGGCUUAGAAAACUUUGGGAACACAUGCUAUUGCAACUCUAUCGUCCAGGCCCUAUACUACUCGGAACCCUUUCGGGAGAAUGUCGUCCGAUAUCCGCCCUUCACACCCUCGGAUACACCCGACGGAAAACCCAGAAAAGUUAAUGUUUCAAUACGGGCUCCGGUCCAGGCGAAUGCGAAUGGGGCUGCUGGAGGUGCGGGCAAAGGGCAAAAGCCCGCAACAUCUGCCCAGGCGAUAAAGCAAAGGCAGGCUGUGAACGGCCAGGCCCUCCCCGGGCAGCCUGUGCGACCCGAGGAUAGGCCCGAGUCGCCAGAGUACAAAAAGAAACAGUCCAUGAUUAGGGGCCCCGUGCUGGAGCUCGCCCAGGAGAACCCCGAUGCUUAUGGGAUGGAGGAGUGUACUUUUACGGGGCUCAAGGAUAUCUUCACGGCCCUGAUCGAAAGCAACACCAGAACAGGCGUGCUUAGCCCCCAGCGGUUUUUGGACAUUUUCAAGCGCGAUAACGAGCUGUUCCGCAAUUCACAGCACCAGGAUGCCCACGAAUUCUACGGCCUCGUCCUUAACGAUGUCAUCGCAAACGUGGAAGCUAAUGCAAAGCGUAUGCAAGAAAGGGACGAAAGCAGGAACAAGGACGGCCUGGCCCAGUCAGUGCAUAGUGCGUUAGGCGCGUCGACUGCUUUGCAGAGCAAGGCCGAGUCCGGCACUCGGACUCCCGGGACAGGCUGGGUUCACGACAUCUUUGAGGGCGUGCUAGUAUCAGAAACUCGGUGCCUCACUUGCGAGACGGCAUCACAGAGAGACGAGACGUUCUUGGAUCUUUCAAUAGAUCUUGAGGAGCACUCGUCCGUGACGUCGUGCUUGCAGAAUUUCUCCGCCGAGGAAAUGCUAUGUGAGAGGAACAAGUUCCACUGCGACCACUGCGGCGGGCUACAAGAGGCGGAAAAGCGAAUGAAGAUCAAGAAACUACCCAAGGUUCUGGCCUUGCAUCUCAAGCGAUUUAAGUACACAGAGGACUACAGCCGGCUCCAGAAGCUUUUCCAUCGAGUCGUGUACCCAUACCACCUGCGCAUGUUCAACACGACGGACGAUGCUGCCGACCCGGACAGGAUGUACGAGUUGUACGCUGUGGUUAUCCAUAUUGGUGGUAAUGCCUACCACGGCCAUUAUGUAUCAGUCAUCAAGACAAAAGACCGAGGAUGGCUGCUAUUUGACGACGAGAUGGUUGAGCCCGUCGACAAGCAUUUUGUUAGAAAUUUCUUCGGCGACAAGCCGGGAAUGGCGUGUGCUUACGUCUUGUUCUACCAGGAGGUAGAGUUUGAUAAGGUACGGGAAGAAAUGGACGCUGAAGGACCAGAAGAAGUGAGGUUGGCCAGCCAAAAGGCCGACGUGGCCCUUGGGACUACGGAGCAAACAAACGGAACAGCCACAGUCCCUCUUUCGAAACUCAACACGCAACCCUUGCCACCCCUUGACGAGGGCCACGAUGCAAUGCCAACCUUGGGUCACGCCCAGUCGGCCCCGGGCGAUAUUGCCAGCACUGUUCCACUACCAUUAUCGCCGGUCCAGCCAGACCAAAGCGAAAUACACCCGCUGGUGGCGGCACCGCCUCCUGCUCCAGCGGCUAUGACGGCAGCAGACGAAGCGGCUACCAUUCCGCCAAAGUCAAAGGAUGACAAGCUGCGGGAUAAGAAGGAACAGAAAGCCCAGGAGAAGGCUCGUAAAGCGGCCGAGAAGGAGCAGGCUCGGAUUGCCGAAAAACAACGUUUCGAAAAGCAGGCUAAGAUUCGAGAGGCACAGAAAAGCGAACAAGAGCAGCUGCAAAAGGCUCUCCAGGAGAGCAAGUUGCUGGCAGCUGAAGACGGGAAGAAGCGAAAGAAGGAGACUGCCGACUCGGUACCCGAGGUAGGGAGCUAUGAAAAGCCCUCGGGAUUUCUCAACCGCGCGAGCCGGGGUAGCAAGUCCAUGACACGAAAAAGUCUGGCGUUUUUGAAUAAAGGGGGGGAUAAGGGCGACAAGGACAAGGAAAAGGAAAAAGAAAAAGAUAAGGCUAGCGACAGGAGCGACAGGAGCGACAAGGGCGAGAGCAGUAGCGUUGCUGCGUCGUCUUCUGCUGCUGCUCCUACAGAGGGAUUCUUUCAACGAAAUGGCGGCAGCCACUCGCCGACCCAGCCGCAGACACAAGAAAAGGGGCCCGAGACUGCGGCUCCUGACAAAGACAAGCCCGACAAGCAUCCCCUCAAGGAACGCUUCAGCUUCGGUCUCGGGAAGAAGAAGAGCAGCAAGUUCCUGUCUUAGUCGGCCAGGCAAUAUUGGUGUUUUUUGGCGGAUGCGGAUACCAGUUGAUGAAAACACUUGUCAUUAUUUUUAUGUCUCAUGGGCGUGCCCUGGGCCUCCUUCUUUCCCAUUUCUUCGAUGUCCAUAUUUCUUUCAAAACAUGAUACGCGCGCGUGAGAAGCCCUUUACCCCUUCUUGUAAAAACAAAAGCUUAGACAAAGUCGGUUAAUUGUUAUGGAGAUGAUGGGGAAAAGAAGGAAGGACAUGAGAAGUAUCAAAAAACGGUCUAAUGGGACAGUGGGUAUGAGAGCGAGGACACAGCGACUGUCUGUUGUACUAUACGAAUCUCACCUACCUAGAGACGGGAGACGGUGACAUUCGAAGGGCUAUGCUUUGUUUAUGCCACGAGGCAGGUAUAUUUGUUAGCGCUUUUCUGGCUGUAAUUGCACCGCGAGCGAGCAUUUGGAGAGCGUCGAGGAGCAAGCACAUUUGGGGAUAC